GGGAUCAAUGGCUGUCGCAGGGAGCAGUCCGGCGCCCACAAAGGUCGGAGGGUUAAUAUAAGCCUUCCUUUGAAUUGAAGUUGCCUCCUGAAAGACUUAACAGCGCGCAUGUUUACUCAAAAAGUCCCUCUUCCUCUGUGCCCUGGGACUUGCUCCGGGCAGUGCCGCAGCCCCCUCGCACAUUUGAAGAAUUUUUAGUCUCUCAAAAGUUGGAUGAUUGGCCACGGUUUCCCUACAUGCCAGAAAUGGAUACUCAGCCUUUGGUUGCCAAGUUAAAAAAAGACUAUGCCUUGGAGACUAUUACAAAGUUUCUUCAUGACAAUGCUCCAAUAUCCACUAAAAUUAUCUCUGAUUUGGAAAAGAGAAUGGAUGAAUGCAAAAUGAGAGUCCAUGAACAUGCUGAUGUCGUACUUUAUUUGGAAUCUAAAGAAUCAAAAAUAGAUGACCAAGAGGGUGUUUUUAUAGAGCAAGACGCUUGUCUUUCUGAAUCAACAAGCAGUUUACCAAGGAAGAAGAAGAAGAAAAAGAAGAAAGUGAAGAUUGCUGCAGAUGCCAUAGACCACUCAAGUUCUAAAAGAGUUGAGAAUUACAAGUUCCCUGGUUUCAAGCCAACGAAACUCAUGAAACUACCAAACCAUCUAGAACCCGCACAACUCUGGGAUUCAGUUCUAAAAGUCCAAACCUUCAAGGGAGUAGAUACAAAAAUUCUGAAGAAAUUGUUUAUCUCUGAAGCAUCCCUUGCAAUUUUACAGGAUUGCUUUUGGUGGUGGUUUCUUCACAAGUUCAAGCCUGAUCAAGCUGAACAGGACCACCUUUUUGAUAGAAUAUCAGACAGCUUUGUGGCGCUUCUCUUGAGUACUCCCAAUUUCAUAAAAGAUCCUUUCUUUGAGAUGUACCCUGACUGCUUGUCACAAGCCAUCUAUGUUACUUUUUGUGAAGCCUUUCCUGAAUCCCGUCUUCGUUUCACUGACGAAUUUAAAGAGGAACUAAUGGAUUUAGUUUUUCAGUGGAUAAGAGGUUUCAAACCACAAAAAUCUGCUUGGAAGAAAUGGAAUUUAUUCUGGUUAGAAGAGCCCCUGACACAAACGCAGAAAACAGAUUCCUUACAUAAGUUAUCUAGUUUCAAACUCGAAAACUCUGUGAUUAAAACAAGGUCAAUAGCAAAGUCUUGGAGUCGGAGUCCGAUUGUAGAUCUGACUCAGCCUCAAGUGCACUUUCAGCUCAAAAAAGAAGAACCGAAGGAAGUAGAGGUAGCACCAAAGAAAAAGCCAGAGUCACAUUAUAUUGGAGAUGGCCCAGACUUUCAACGUGCACUGUUCAACCUUGGUGGUCAAAGUCCUCUGGUCGUAUAUUACCUUAAGAUGCAUGGAAUAUCUAACACCUUAGCAAACAUGCGGGCUUACAGGAUUAAUCAUAUUGAAAUCUGCAAAGUACCACCAGCUUCUCCAACAUACAGAGAUGCUAUUGAAGAAAGUCAAAAAUUUGCACAAAACCUGCACAAAGAUUUUAUUAAUUUUGAACAUAAGUGUGCUGAUGAACUAGCACAUUUACAACGCCAGAGACAAAAAGUUAACAGAACAUACAAAAGGUUUGCUUUUAACUAUUUUUUCUUAUGUAGCAAAAGGUUAAGGCUCUCUUAUCUUUAGGAAUGUAAGUAAUAU